AUGGCAUUCGAGGAAGUCCCGCAAUUCUUUUUGUACGGCCAUGGUAUCCCACCAGCUAAUCUUACCCUCGGCACAUUAGUCUUUGGCAAUUAUGCCCAGCCCGAAGGUCGCUCAGCAGUGUUCCAGGGGGCCCUCGAUUCAAUUGUCGUCUCCAGCCAGGAAUUUUCUGGCUGCUGGGCCACGAGGUCAAGGUCGAAGUACGGGCUCGGGCUCGAUACUCUGCCCGACUUGGCGUCGAUUAGUGCACAUCCCCAGAAUUUCCUCAACAACUAUGUUCUCCGCUCGCCAAGGACUGGCGCAACGCUCGCUCAGUGGCUUACGGCGACGAAGAGUACCUACUUGUUCCGCAAGGCCAUCUUCCAGAAGCUUAGGGUAUACUAUGUGACGGGUGUUUAUGAGCUUGACGGAGCUUAUGGCUGGGUUGAGCGUGGUUCGGAUGCUACAGCAGCCCUAGGCAUUAACGGAGCAGCCAUGGGGCUGGCGACAGGCAUGCCCUCAGGCUUUGAAUUGGGCCCCUUUGAAUCGAGCACUCACUUGGCCUUCAAGAGCCAGGUCAAGGGUCGGCAGGUUUGGGCUGCGAGGUUCCAGCAGCUCCGUGUUGACUACGUUCGCCAGAGCAAUGAAGAUGACCCCUGCAUACCUUCCAACAUAUUCCUGCUGGCUGAUGAGACGGUCGGACGCAAUGCUGUAAUGGGAUCAGACUCUCCCGUGGAGGAGAAGCUGGUUGUCGAGGGGGACCGGUCGAUUACUGCGAACGCUGCUGAUCUUGGCUUGCGAGAUAGUGUUGAAGAGCUCACGGAUGGGGAGGAAGACGCAUAUUGGCCUGUGUGGGAGGAGGCGGUUGCUGUGCUAGACGGUGUAGCAGAAGACCGGCUAGAGGCUGAGGAGGAUGAACCGUUGCCUGAACCUAUCUCUUAUUCUCCGUAA